UAACGCGGCCCGCGGACGUCUCUUUAUACUUUUAAGUUAUAACAGUUACAGAUGUGCCGGUCGCGUCGCACGGGACACGUUUUCAAAAACAGUCUCUGCCGACAAUAAUAAUUAUUAUAACCCUUUCAGCACUAGACAUUGUAAUUAGUGAAAAAAAAAAUUGAUUUAAAACACCACCGUCACACAUUAAAAACGCGGUUUCAUAACGUUAAUAUUAUUAUGUCGCAUCGUAAACAUCUAUCGCGUCGAGUGUCCAGACGCUAACCGCGGUUUUUGUUUUUGGUUCGACUGAGCUCACAUUAUCUCUGCCGUCGACCGGCUGAGCCGAUUUCGAAACGAAUGCGAAAUAAUUUACUGUAAUAAAAUUGCAAAAUAAUUAGGUGCCACACACGGUUUAGAUAACCGUCUUCCGAUUGGAAAAACAUCGAAGGACGCGUCAAAUCCACCACGCUACAGAUAUUUUAACACGAAACGCCUAUACGGCUAUAAUUGUAUCGUGCGAUACCUACUACUAUGGAGAAAAAAACUAUGAUAUACAACUUCGGUCCGGACGGCCGCGACGCGUGUUGGGCCGCGUUGACGAGUUCAUGGACCCAUUUUCCGAGACAGCAAGGUCUUAACACAAAACAAGUCUCGUGUGAUAGUUCAGCAUGCAGUGAUGUCGAAGCACAGUUCAAAGAUACCACAAGAACCCACAACUCGUGGCCCGCCAAGUCACGCAGGCUAACCAAAAAAAAGAAGCAAAACGUUUUGACAACGGUGACGACGUCACUGUCUCCGCUGCCUCAGCCACUUCCGUCAUCUUCACCAAAAGCCCUCAAACGCCAAUCGGGCACACAACAAUGGUCGACAUUGGUCAACGAUCAGCUAUCCAGUUCAGUGGAGGUUAUGACGCAAACGAUUUCGGAACCACCGUUGACUAAUGGGCCGUGCAACUGUAACCAAUCAGUAAAUUCUGAACCGUCUGACGUGAAAAACGUCACGGGCAACAACAACAACAACGACGACGACGACGACGACACGGAAAAAAACAAGUGGAAGCACUACAAAGUGGUGGAGACGAUUGAUGUCGUCGACCAGAAACAGCAGCAACUCAUGUUGUGCGUGGCUGACUCCAGAUCGUCGGUAGACAUCAAAGAACCAACCGCCGUAGACGCCCAUCAGCCAAUCGAAUACACACUCCAGAACGGAGGCGACCAUGUUUCAUCCAUGUCUCAUCCACCGACUCUGUCUACUGUCACCGAGCAACCAAUCGAACGUGGUCUGCAAAACGGAGGUGACCACAUUUCAACUGAGCCCCGUCCACCGACUCCGUCCACUGCCACAGAAAAGCCUAUUGAACGAGUUCUACAGAACGGAAGUGACCACGCUCCAUACAUAUCUCAUUCACCAACUCCGUCUACCGUCGCCGAAAAGCAGUUCGAACGUGCUCUGCAGAACGGAGGUGACCAAAUUUUAACUGAGCCCCGUACACAGGGGCCAUUCACUGCCAUCGAAAAGCCAAUCGAACGUGCUCUGGCGAACAUAGGUGAUCAAGUGUCAACCGUUUCCCGUCCACCGACGCCGUUCACAGUCACCGAAAACCCGGCGAUGUUGAAAGUCGACAUGGGCUACCGUGAUGAGGUUGUUUCACCUGCAUCGUGGCCACAGUUAUCACUUAUGACUUCAACUUAUGACACUGAAAACCCGAUUGACAUCACAAUCGUCUCACCGUCGUCUCAGUCACAGCCCAAUGAUGACGAAGAGUGUCCAGUUCAAUCGAAUUCCAGUAUGAUAGUGCUGUCAGAAAAACCGUUGUCCAAGUACGAUAUGAAGAUUAAAGAAAUAGACAACAGCAUAAUAUCGUACUCAAAAUCGUUCCUGAGCACGGUGUUUUUUGUCGUGCUCCUCCGCGUCUUGUUUUAAUACAAAACGCUCCAAUUCAACUAUUAUUUUAUAAAAUGUCAAUGCGUCCAUUUAUGUAUUAUAUUAUACUGGCGUACGAGUAAUAUUUUCCACCAAUCGGUUAAUCCAAGGGAUUUUCGAUUUUCAAAAGCCGUCGUUAUAUUUUAAACGGAUGUUUAUGAAAAUCGAUCGUCUAUGGACCCUCAGUAAACGUUACUCGUCCGUAUCAGGUGAUGAUAACAAUAAUAGUUAACUUUACAUCAUAAGGAGCAACAUUUUUUUAUUCAAAUUAUUAUAUAAUAUGUCUAUUGAUGAUUUUUUUUUCCAAAUAAUAUUGAUUUAUAUUACUACGUUUAUUUUAUGUCAUAAUGUUAUUUAUACAUCGUACAAUUUACACAAUUAUUAUUAUCAUUAUACCUUAUUGCUACACGUGCUUUAUUCUACCAAAUAAAUUAUUGUUACCACAACCGUAGCCUAGAUUAGUUAAAUUAUCGUAACUUCUGUACCUAUUAAUUAUAUUAAAUGAUGUCCACGUGUAUGUACACUAUUAUGUGUUUACUAUACUUAUUGCAAUGCGAAUUAUUUUUCAUUUUAUUUGAAUUAUUAUU